AUGUCGCGCUCCCGGGCGCUCGCCAUCCUUCAAAAGACGUAUGAUGACAGCUAUCUGAAGUGCUCAACUGCUGUCUACUACGAGAGCCAGGGCGAUGAAGACGAGGCGAUGCGAUGCUGGAAAAAUGCUCUUGAACAAAUAUGCGAUCAGCACAUUACCAAAGUGCUACCUAACUACGAAGCGAGAUCCGAGACGGAGGACGCCCUGCUAGGUUCAUUGCGCCAACUUGAACUCCAAUGUAAGGAGCGCAUUGACCUGCUGGAAGCGUUACGGAUAUCCCGACAAGACGCCAUGACUUCUCAAAAUUCGAAUGUUCCUACUUCGCAAACGAUAUCUUCGUCUCCUGUCCCUCCCCGCGUUCUAACUCCAGAACGAGGUUGGAUUGGCCAAGGCACUAUACCGGCUAUAAAAUACCCUGAGCUUCCCCGGCCUUCUUUACCUAACCGCCCAUCUUUGGUCUCCAGGACAUCAUCAGAGAAGGCAGUUAUUGGACGUGAUCAGAGCCCUGCCAAUACAACGUCACUCGCUGGGUCGUUGAGCUCACCCAGCCUGUCUGCCAAGAAGGAGCAGACCAUGAGGUCUCCCAGCCCCGAGAAGUAUACCAUGCGGACGACCCUUCGGUCUGGUAAAUCAGGGGAGAAGCCAUUCAGACCCAGUCGCAAAGUAGCAAGAAAUGAUGAACCUGGAGCUAGCAAAGCUGCAACACUGGCUUGGAGUGUUCUAGGUUCUAAGGAGCGUUUGAACAGGACACCCCCAACGAUCGUCGACCCUUCAUCUUCAACAUCGCCUUCUGUUACAGGUCUUGAGCACUUCCGCAAGCCGCUUGUGUCUUCCAAUGCUCAAUGGGAUGUUCAUACUAGAAGACUUGUGACACCUCGAGAGGUUUCUUCGACAAUUUCAGAUGCGGCAGAUAGCGAACGAAACUCCAACGAUCUUUCCCAUGCGCGGCCAUCUGCGCUAUCCGUAAGCGCGGCAUCAAGUGCUUUGAAUGCCAUGUCUAUACAGGAUGCGACUUCUGCUGGACAUCACACGCCGGAACAAGAGAGGACGUGGAGGUUGAAGAAUCAGCAGUUUUCAGCUUCUCGUUCAAACACUCCUCUACAUGAUCGAACUACUCGAUCUGACGCCAACGAUUCAGCUGUAAGAUGCAAAAGCUCGUCAGACACCGUGAAAGUCCGAAGGAAGCCUGUUGCGGCCAAUUACCGCCGAGACGGCGGUAGCACGGCGAAUGGCCCCGAGCAAGAUGUAUUAGGACAAUCCCAUCGAGAUGCUUAUCAUCCACAAAGGACGUCUUCGUCUAGUUUCUCGGAAGCCCCAAGACCAAUCAAAAAAGAAACAGAAAAGAGACGUCAAGUGAAACGAAUGGAAGACGCUGUGAUAGUGGAUGCCGAUGAAGCUUCAUCGGACGAAUCUCUCGAAGACGACAACCAGGGUUCUUCAGGCAAAUCAGCUUGGGAAAUAAAGGAAGCACGCAUUUUGAAAAAUUUGCCAUCCGGAGUGGAUGGGACAGCUGCGAAACAGAUUAUCAAUGAGAUUGUGGUCCACGGGGAUGAAGUCCAUUGGAGCGAUAUUGCAGGUCUCGAAAUAGCCAAGAAUGCCCUCAGAGAAACUGUAGUCUACCCCUUCCUACGACCAGAUUUAUUCAUGGGCCUUCGUGAACCAGCACGGGGCAUGUUACUUUUUGGGCCUCCUGGAACAGGGAAAACAAUGCUUGCUCGGGCUGUGGCAACCGAAUCUCGUUCAACCUUUUUUUCAAUAUCAGCAAGCAGUCUAACAAGCAAGUACCUCGGCGAAUCGGAGAAGCUUGUACGCGCACUGUUUUCUCUUGCAAAAGCGCUUGCUCCAAGUAUCAUAUUUGUCGACGAGAUCGACUCGCUGUUGUCACAGCGAUCUGGGUCAGGGGAGCAUGAGGCGACAAGGCGGAUCAAGACCGAGUUUCUUAUCCAAUGGAGUGAUCUCCAGCGUGCAGCAGCUGGCAGGGUUGUCAAUGAGAGAGAAAGGGGCCGGGGAGACCCUAAUAGAGUUCUUGUUUUGGCAGCAACUAACUUGCCCUGGGCUAUCGACGAAGCAGCCCGCCGCAGGUUUGUAAGACGUCAGUACAUACCACUUCCUGAGCCAGGGACUCGAUCAAAGCAGCUUCGGACACUUCUUGGCCAGCAAAAGCAUAGCCUUACAGAUUCAGACAUCGAGAGACUCGUCACACUUACUGAUGGUUUCUCUGGUUCUGAUAUCACAGCAUUGGCUAAAGAUGCGGCCAUGGGCCCACUUCGGUCUCUCGGCGAGGCUCUUCUAAGGAUGACGAUGGAUGAGAUUCGGCCGAUUUCAUUGUCAGAUUUCGAAGCAAGUUUAACAACGAUUCGACCCAGCGUCAACAAGGCAGGGUUAAAGGAGUAUGAAGACUGGGCCAAAGAGUUUGGAGAACGAGGGGGAUGA